CUCUUCCUCCCUCCCUCCCAUCGUUGCCUUUCCGUUUCCCUCUCUCCCCAAUUUCAAAAUCCACCUCCCCUGCUAGGGUUUGCCUUUGCGGCGCGGCGCAGCCCCCAUCUCCUCUCGAUCCAAGGCCCAAGGGGGAAGGCGAUGGAGAUCAACAUCGUGGACAAGUACGAGAAGCUGGAGAAGGUGGGGGAGGGCACCUACGGCAAGGUGUACAAGGCGCAGGACAAGGCCACGGGCCAGCUGGUGGCGCUCAAGAAGACCCGCCUCGAGAUGGACGAGGAGGGCAUCCCGCCCACCGCGCUCCGCGAGAUCUCCCUCCUCAACCUCCUCUCCCACUCCAUCUACGUCGUCCGCCUCCUCGCCGUCGAGCAGGCCGCCAAGAACGGCAAGCCCAUCCUAUACCUCGUAUUCGAGUUCCUCGACACCGACCUCAAGAAGUACCUCGACGUCUACCGCAGGGGGCCCAGCCCCAGGCCGCUACCCCCUCACCUCGUCAAGAAUUUUUUGUUUCAGUUAUGCAAAGGAGUUGCUCACUGCCAUGGCCAUGGUGUCCUUCACCGGGAUUUAAAGCCUCAAAACCUGCUGGUUGACAAGGAGAAGGGGAUACUGAAGAUUGCAGAUCUUGGGCUUGGUAGAGCUUUCACUGUGCCAAUGAAAAGCUACACCCAUGAGAUUGUGACACUUUGGUAUAGAGCUCCUGAAGUGUUGCUUGGAGCAACACAUUACUCAACUGGUGUUGAUAUGUGGUCUGUUGGAUGUAUCUUUGCUGAAAUGGUCAGAAGACAAGCUCUUUUUCCCGGUGACUCUGAGUUGCAACAGUUGCUUCACAUUUUCAGGUUGUUGGGAACUCCUACUGAGGAGCAGUGGCCUGGAGUGAGUGGUUUGAGGGAUUGGCACGAGUUUCCACAAUGGAAGCCCCAGAGUUUGGCCCGUGCUGUCCCAACUCUGGAACCUGAGGGCAUUGACCUGCUAUCAAAAAUGCUUCAGCUUGAUCCUGCAAACAGGAUAUCAGCCAUCGCUGCGAUGGACCAUCCCUACUUUAACAGCCUUGACAAGUCCCAGUUCUAGUCUGAAGAUGCUACUAUCAAGAAGUGAGCUUUCCGAUGGAGCUAUGAAUUUCACUUGCCAUCUAGGCAACUGGUUCAUAGUCUAUUACUGACGUGUUACCGAGUGUAAAAUUGUUGUGCCUACCUUUUCUUGUCAGGUUUUUUUAGAGCCAUGUGUAUGGCUGAAUAAACUAUAUGCUUUCAUGUACCAAGCUGCCUUGGAAACUUGUCCUGUAGCAUAACACAAGCUAUAUGUUGGAGGCACUGUGUUUUUUCCUGGGAGGGUGAGUAUUUGUUAACUGUGCCAAUAAUUUGUGGGAACGUUGUGUGCAGUCUGAAGAAAACAAAGCUGUAACCACCGGUCGAUCA